CCUGUCCCUCUCUCUCUCCCCUCUCAAACUCUGUUGUUGUGUGGUCUGAUUCUCUCUCCAACUCAGAGGGCGACCGGCGAGCGCAAUCGCCGGAUAUUCGCCCUAGCUCGCCGGAGCAUUCUGUUUCAUGAUUUGUGCUGCGAAUUGUGAAUUAUUCUUCUCUGGUUUUUCUGUUUGUUGGAUAGAGUAGUGUCUGGGGAAAUACAAAGAAACGGGAAGGUAAAAAAAUAUUCUUUUGUCCUCUCGUGUAGCUAGAGAUCUCCGGGAAGGCAAUGCACCGAGAGAAGAAAGGAGAUUUUGAAGCAAAUAUGCUGAGAUCCCCUCAUUUCUGAAUUCCUUAUGCGUGGACCGCGGAUAAGAUUCAAUUUUUUGAGAAGUUUGGAAAUGAGCAGUUGCUGAAUUUUGUGAGAAAGCCGGGGAGAAAGAAUUUUGAGUCCUGUGUGUUGCGAAUGGUGUCUAAAUUCAGAGAUGACGAGGAAUAGGGUCCAACAAAGCCAGCAAGUAAGGAGCUUUUCUGCAAUUGUUUCUUUCCAGAGUUUUGGACUCUGAGCUGUGCGAUGCCUUUUGAAAUAAUGAACCAGAGGGGCAUAUCUGCCUCGUCCCACCUUUUCGAUGACAUUCCUUUUUUCCUGAGCUGUCUUGAACUUUUAUAUUGGGCAGAGGAGUGUUGCACUGCAGAAGCCAAAAUCCUUUCAUGACCAUUAUUUACAAGGGAAAAUAGGAGCAUCACCCCAAAACAUUUCAAAGACAUCCUCAUCUCUAGAAAUGGGUGCUAGCUCUGGCUUGCCAAUGUCACAAACAAGUCUGUCAGGAGAAGUUACAGAAAAGCUGCAUGUUGGUGGAGGCGGCAUCAUUGAUGUGUUGAAGUCUACUAAGGAAUCAAGGAAUCAACACCCCAGAUCAUGGUCUAACGUGCACAUGCAGCCAGAAUCUACAUCUUAUGGUUUAACUGGAAAGAAGAUUCUCACUGAUACAGCUUCUCAUGAGAGCAGCCUAUUCUCUAGUUCACUGUCUGAGAUAUUUAGCCAAAACUUGAGGUUAACUCGGAAUGAUAUUCGUUCUCAUCAGCCUGUGACCAUUGGUUCAUUUCCUGAGGAAGAACCAUAUAAAUCUCUUAAAGAAAUUGAGGCGGACACUAUUGGGAAUCUCCUCCCUGAUGAAGAUGAUCUGUUUUCCGGUGUUACUAAUGAGUUAGGAUACACUGCCAAUGCCAGAACAAAUGAUGACUUUGAGGAGUUUGAUUUGUUUAGUAGCGGCGGAGGCAUGGAACUUGAAGGCGAUGAACCUCUCAGUUUUGGAAAGAAAAUUGGUAGUCUGGAUGUAGAUUCUAGUUAUUUUGGAGGUUUUAAAGGCAAGCUUCCUUUUGGUGAACAACCUUCUAGAACACUUUUUGUUAGAAACAUCAAUAGCAAUGUUGAAGAUUCUGAGCUAAAGGCUCUUUUUGAGCAAUAUGGAGACAUCCGCACCAUUUAUACGUCCUGCAAACAUCGUGGCUUUGUGAUGAUUUCUUACUAUGACCUAAGGGCAGCACAAAAUGCAAUGCAAGCACUCCAGAAUAGGUCGUUGAGAUCUAGGAAACUUGACAUUCAUUAUUCAAUUCCAAAGGGCAAUGCUCCUGAGAAGGAUAUAAGCCAUGGCACGCUAGUGCUAUCUGGUCUUGAUUCUUCUGUUUCAAAUGACGAGCUUCAACAUAUUUUUGGAUUUUAUGGAGAAAUAAAAGAAAUCUAUGAAUCUCCAGAAGUAAAUUAUAGAAAAAUUAUUGAAUUUUAUGAUGUGCGAGCUGCAGAAGCCGCUCUCCGUGCAUUAAACAGAAGUGACAUUGCUGGUAAGCAGAUCAAGCUUGAACCUGGCCAUCCUCGGGGAACAACAUGUCUGACGCAGGAGUCUCACAAUGGCCAAGAUGAACCUGAUUUUGGUCAAAGUCUUUGUGACAACUUGUCACUAAGACAGAGAGCAACAAUGUCUUCUGGAGUAAUUGCAUCUGGCUGCUUAGACAAUGGAUCUAAUCCAGGAUUUCGCCCUGCAAUGCAGCAACCUAUCACUCCGUUAAUUGAUAAUGCUUUCUCUCCUGUGAAUUCUAGCAUCCACAAAUCAGUGAGAGGGCCAACUUCUGGAAAAGUGCCCAGUGUUUGCGAGUCCAGUAACUUCCUUGAUGCAAUGAAAUUUGCCUCUCUUCCAAGAUUCCACCCUCAUUCCCUCCCUGAUUAUCAUGAAAGUUUUGCUAAUGGUAGUGCUUACAAUUUUUCAAGCAUUGUUGGCAAUGUGGCUGGCAAUAUCGGGACUGCAGUGACAGACAACUCAGAUAGCAGGCACAAUAAGGGAAUAGGUUCACCUGGGAAUCUGAUGGAAUUUACUGGAGCAGGAAAUGGGAACCAUCAACGUCAUGGACUUUAUCAUGUGUGGAACAACUCCAAUUUGCAUCAGGAACCUUCACCAAAUCCCAUGCUUUGGCAGAAAACACCAUCAUUUGUUAAUGGUGCUUGUGCUUCUGGCCUUCCACAAAUGCCUGGCUUUCCGAGAACACAGCCUCACAUGCUGAGAGCAUCACAUAUGGACCAUCAUGUUGGGUCAGCUCCUGUUAAUGCCUCACCCUGGGACAGGCAGCACUCUUAUUUGGGAGUGUCUCCUGAAACUUCUGGUUUUCGUAUGGGUUCUCUAGGAAGUGCUGGUGUACCUGGUAGCUGGCAAUUGCAUCCCCCAGAUUUUUCUUCUCACAACAUGUUCCCUCAUAUUGGUGGGAAUGGUGCAGAAUUGACGCCAACUGCUGGGCAAAACUCUCCUAAUCAGUUGUCACAUCUUUUCCCUGGGAGACAUCCCAUGAAUUCUAUGUCCAAACUUGAUUCCAGUGAACGAAUGAGGAGUCUGUAUCCCCUCCGGAAAAGUGAAGCUAACGCUAAUAAUGCUGAUAAAAAGCAAUAUGAACUUGACCUAGGCUGCAUAAUGCGUGGGGAAGACAGUCGAACAACUCUCAUGAUAAAAAAUAUUCCCAACAAGUAUACUUCAAAGAUGCUUCUAGCUGCUAUAGAUGAGCAAUGUCGGGGAACUUAUGAUUUUCUAUAUUUGCCAAUUGACUUUAAGAACAAAUGUAAUGUUGGCUACGCAUUUAUUAAUAUGAUUGAUCCUGCUCAGAUUAUUCCAUUCCACCAGGCAUUUAAUGGGAAAAAAUGGGAGAAAUUUAAUAGUGAAAAGGUAGCCUCACUUGCAUAUGCCCGAAUUCAGGGCAAAGCUGCACUUAUUGCUCACUUCCAGAAUUCAAGCCUGAUGAAUGAAGACAAGCGUUGCCGUCCUAUUCUGUUCCACACGGAUGGCCCAAAUGCUGGUGAUCCGGAACCCUUCCCCAUGGGUACUAGUAUUAGAAUGAGGCCCGGAAAAUCUCGCGGCAGUAGCAAUAAUGAGGAGAAUCGCAGCCAGGGGAGUCCUUCAACUUUGGCAGGUGGAGAGGGACCUACUACUAAUGGAAUAGAUUCUUCAUUGAGCUCUUCAAAGAAUUCUGACUGACUUUGCCUCAGGCACUAGGCAUUCAAUCUUGCGCCAUGAAAUUCAGCUUGAAUCUGUAUAUUGCCUUUUUCUUUUUGUUGGAGGGAGAGUUAGACCAGGAAGUAAAGGGGGGGGCUCAC